AUGAUUCGACAAUACGCUCUCUCGAUAUUCCUAUUGCUAGCUGCUAUGGAAAACAUCUCUGCCUUUGCACCAGUUGCCUCUACUCGCACCUUGGGAAGUGUGUCACGACCCAUUGCCCAACCACUCUACAUGUCCGAGGAACCAGAAGCCAGUGCCGAGGAGCCAGCUGCUGAAGAGCCCGUUGAAGCAGUACCAGAAGAUCCCGAGGUUACCGCGCUCAAACAAGAGAUUGCCAACUUGGAAUCCGACCUCAAGGCCAAACAAUCGACACUGUCAUAUACCCAAAAUCAAGUAGAUGAAUAUUCCAAGGGUGGAUAUGCCCGUAAGGUUGCUGAGAUGGAAACCAUGAGACGCGCUCGCAGUAGCAUGAACUCGUCAAACAAAUCCAGUGCUACUGCUAGUGUCCUGUCUGAAUUCCUUCCACUUUACGACAAAUUCGUAUCAAUGAGAGAGCAGUAUGCCGACACUGAAUUUGGCAGCAAAUACGGAUAUCUCACCAUCGUGGAUGCCUUUGACAAGAUGGGAGUUACAGAAUACAGCUUGGAAACGGGCCAAGAUGUUGAUGCCUACAGAAUGGCGGCGGUUGAAUCCGAAUACUCGACUGAAAUUGCCAAGGAUAAGGUGAUCCGUCCAGUUGCUGCAGGUCUUGAAUUGAAAGGAAAUGUCAUUCGUCCCGCCCAAUGCGUGGUCAGCGCUGGACCAGAAGAGGAAGCAGCCGCCGCGGAAUCUGCUCCCGAGGCUGAUGGGGAAUAA